AUGGCAGCGAGAUCGAGAGCAAGGUACUUUAUGCGGGGGGAAAUCUGUUCGACGAUACCUCUGGGAUACCCUGCUGCUUGGAGGAAGGGGGUAUCGAUGGGCGUAGGAGAAGGCAAUCUGAGUCAUGGUUUGAUGAUGAGGGGAAGCUGGGGGAGAUCGUUGGCACUUCCCAAACCUCCAACGCUUCCCCCGCGUCCUCGCCCACAAAACAAGACGCACAUCUCCGCCAGUCGAGCAAACAAGGACUGCGCGGAUAGAAGUGGAGCAUGCGGAGAUCGACAGACAAAGACCAGACCCAGGGCGAUGGGAAGUCUGGAGAAACAAAAAAGGUCGACCGUGCGCCGACAUGCCAGGGCGAGCUUAUUUAGGCUUCACGGAAGUACUCCGAGCAUCGGGUGGAGAUCUGCCCCUGUCCUGCUGGGGGAGAGCUUCUCUCCAGACUCUUCACUACCACGUGGCGCGAGGGAGCCUUGCUCCACAGCGCCGGGCAGCUGGGCGGAGCUACGAGGCAGCGCAGGGGCGGGUUCGACGAUACAAAACCCAAAUAUGUAA